AUGGAAAUCAAGUAUCGAGCUAAGAAACAUCCAGACGUGUUGCAAGGUCGAAAAACUAAAGACGAGGUGCUUCUUGAAUUUCUUGACACGUUUGAUGGUGGAGAGAAGGACGGUAAGGUCCAUCCAAACAAGUUUGUGCGGUAUUAUACCAAUAUUAGUGCAUCUAUUGACGACGACUACUACUUUGAACUCGUAAUUCGAAAUGCGUGGCAUAUGAGUGGAGGAGUGGGCUGGUCGGCAAAUACCACGUGUCGUCGUGUUCUUGUUAAACAUACUAAUGGCUCCAACACGAUUGAAGAGGUAAAGAAUGACAUGGGCAUUGCAGCUGGAAAUGUCGAAGCUAUUCGAACGAACCUCCAAGCUCAGGGAAUUAAUGACUUGCAGUCCAUCAGCAUUAGUGGGAAUGUGGAAAUGGAGAGCGAGGCGAACAAACGCUCGAACGACAACUUCCCCACGCAAGUGGCACGAAAGAAAAUGCACGGCGCUGGUACUAGCUCGGUUUUCUUUGGCUAG